AUGUUACAAAUCGAAGAAAAACCAUUAGAAGAAAGCAAAGAAACAGAAGGAGCACAAAAAGUUGAUGACAGUAGUGAAACGAAAGCUCAGGAAACCCUUGCAGUUGAUGUGAAUACGACGUGUGCUCAGACAGAGAAGGCAGUGGUCAGCUCGUCGUCAGGUACGGGCUGGACACCGGUAUUUGUGUCGUUGGGCGAUCUGGAUCGACCGUCGACAAGUGCGUUGCAUCGCACCUCUGAACGAAUCGUUGGCAGCGAUAAUCUACCUAUUAUUGGUUUGUCCUUAUUUUAA